GUAUUUCCUGAAUCCAGCCAGCCUGUUGCGGUCGUAGUUUCGAAUCCAGUGCAUCUUUAAGCCUCUCCAGGAUGAUGCGGCUUAAUAUUCUGCUUGGGGUUGACAGAAGAGUGAUUCCACGCCAGUUCUUGCAAACACUGAGGUCUCCCUUCUUCGGCAGUUUGACAAGGUAACCCUUCUUCCAAUCACUAGCCAGGUACCUUCUCUUCCUUCCACACCUUCUGCAAUAGUGGUGUGGUGUGAGCAUGUCCGCUGUUGUCUCUGCAUCUGUUCUCAGUGCUUCUGGUGGGAUCCCAUCUGGUCCUGCUGCUUUCCCACAUUUCAGUAGCUUUUUGGCGUUCAGGACUUCGACUUUUGUUGGAGGAUUUAUGUUCACUUGUAAUUCAGCGGCUGUAGGUGGUAUUUCUGGACGAAGUGCAGGUGGUGGUGGUGGUCGAUUCAAGAGUUUCUUGAAGUCGUCAGCUCAUCGUUCCCUUUGUUUCUCUUCUUUGGCAAUUCAAUUUCCUUCAUCAUCUGUUGGUUUCAUGUGUGUUGAUCUAUUUCCAGACAGUAAGUAACCUGGUUAUUUGAUCCAAUAUUGUUAAGUCUCUC